CACAGCUUGUGUGUGAACAUGGAUCAGAUGUGGUCGGGCUGUGAUCCCAGGGACGUGCGCUUCAACUACCAAACUUUGCCGCGCUUUGGGGAGCAAGGGCCGCCCGCCAUUGCUGCUCCCGACAUGUUCAACAUGCAGCCAAUGUACAUGAACAGUACUGCGGGAUACUACAACCACGGACAGCAGGUACCGUAUUGGUGGCCUGUGCAAAACUUUGUCCCGCCAGCAUCCGUCAGUUUUGCUGCAGCACCUCCACAAAUGAUUGGAGGCACAACAAUGAUGAUGCCUGGGACGCCAAGUAUGGGUCCUGGUGUGUUCAUGAGAGAUGCUGACGACGAGGUGGAGCAGCAAUACAUAAAGAAGCCGCCCAACGCCUUUAUGGUUUUUGCAAGGAAGCAUCGCAAAGCCCUGAUGGGAAAACUGGACAAAAAAGACAGCGCGUCUGUCAAUGUCAUCCUGGGAGAAAUGUGGAAUUCUCUACCACAGCAAGACCAAGCGAAAUAUUACGAGGAAGCCGAUGUGGAGAGGCGACGACAUGCACAGUUGUACCCCAACUGGUCAAUGUGUGACAACUAUGGCAAAAAGAGGAAGAGGAUGCGAGGAAAUGCUUCUGGCUCAGUUUCAGAUCUCGAAGCUCCUCAGCCCACAAGGAUGUGUAUGGCUCCCGUCCAGACUGGCUUGAUGGGUCCUGAACGAUACUCGACACAGGCCGAGUCCCAGUCUGUCAGCAACCUUGCGGGUUUGCAGCAGCCUAAAGCUAGCCUCUCUACAUUUAUGCACAACUUCCUCCCUCCCGCUGCUCCCGCUUCAUCUGGGAUGGAAAUUUCCCAGCUUCUGAGUGGUGUCAAUUACCUGCCAGCUCCCCACGAUAAACUUCAGAGGCCACCGGCGGUCAACUCGUCCGAGCCUUGCUUGGAGGAAGAGCUCCACGUAAUCCUGGAUAGAUUCGAAGAAGAAUCCUCCACCACACAGACAGAAGAGUCGGUGGCGGAUCUGAUUUUGGAGGAGGAUCUUCAUAGUUUGCUGGAACGUUUCCAGAAGCCUUCGACCGCACAGUUCGGCACGGACAGGCUCCACUGCGUCUUCGAGGGCUUAGGGAUCACCACCACUGACACGGGUCAAUGUUGAGUCGCUGGGCGGAAUAGCGGAAGAGCCACUGAGCACAAGAAGUCAUCCUGGAGCAUUUGGAGUCCAACAGACGUUUUAAUUGUUUCUGAAAUCCUCAGCGUUUACAACAAUUUAUUUUUUUUAUGCACCUGGACAAUAAUAUAUGAGCCUGAGCACUUUAUUUACGAUGGGAUCGCUUUCUUUUGGGAACGCACACAGUGGUCCUGCUGGACUAUCUGAACUUCAAGCCUGUGCUGAGCAGUUCUGGAUUUUUUUUUUUUUUUAACAUUCCCUUAUGAACUUUUAUAAUAAUAUCAUCCCGGUCUACUCAGACUUCCAUUGGACCACUUAGACAGCAAUCACAGCAUCGUUCCAUUUGUUCUGACACCAGUCCAGAUAUUUAUUGUAAACAAAAAACAUCGUAUCGCAUACACUUACCUGGUUGUUUUUAUAUUUAUAGUAUUCUAAUUAUUACUUUUCCUUUUGUUUCGUCCCACAUUUUUCAUCCGAUUCAAAUCAUUGCAUUUCCCACAUCGCAUUUAGGCUAAUUGUAUACCUCAGGGUCAAAUAUUUUAUGACUUUGAUGCAUUUUAACUCUUAGCAUGCUAGCUAUACGUACAUGCUAGCAUGCAAAUGUUAGAAUGCUAGCGUAUAAGUAGGUAUACCUAGCUUUCCUAGUUUAUUUUGCAGUUACACACUUAAAAGUUGGAUAUUUUGUUACUUGAUGCUAUAUGGCUAGAAUGCUAACUGUUAGCGUGUCCCACUUUUAUCCACCAUUCUUCAAAACAUUCCACUUCAUGAAAAUGUCCCUGUUUUCUUGGAGUUUUCACUUUUUCGUAAUACUUUUUCUCCACUCAAAAGUCUUAUCACGAUCACAUUUGUCCAAAGAUUCCAAAGUCAAAAAGGCUCCUUGCUAAUAAGUAAGUCAACGCUAAGAUGCUAGUAUUAGCUAAUUUAGAUAAUUUUGCAUAUACGCACCUCAGACAAAUAUUUAAAAAGGACUGGUAUAGCUCAACUUGUAACUUUACAGUUAGGAAUAGUAUAUUUAGUUAUUGACGCAAUAUGGCUUGUGCACUAACUUUUAAUAUUUUAGUUAGGCUUUUGACCGAAAUGGCAUUUUGUCAUUUAUUCAUGAAGUUGUCACUUGUUCUGGGCUGGUACAAUAGUGGAAUGACUUUGAACCUGCACUUUAAAUCUGGCCUUUGACUACCUCCAAGACAUUGUUGCACUGUGUCCUCAGCCGCCGAAAAACACUUGAAUUUCCUUCAGCAUCGGACAUGACACACUAAAGGUGAUCCUAGCUGAUUCCACUGACGCUCGGACCAAAAAAGAUGAGGUUUGGCUUUACGAGCAGGAAGAUCUUCCAUGAUAGCAUCAUUGCACUCACUGAUACUUGAAUUGCACUAUUAUGUGCUGCACAGACUGAGCCUCCUACAGUGUAUAUAUACAACUGUAAAUAUGUACCUUACACAUGUGUAUACAUACCAUAUAAUAGGCAGAAUGUUUGUAUAUUGAAAGUGUACUGUUUAUCAUUGUACAUAA